AUGAACUACAAACUGCCUCCACAACUAAGAAAAGUCCUCAACCCUGCAAGCCCAAAAGACAUAGAUGAUGAAGAAGAAAGCCCCGAAGAAGAAGAUGAUUUCCAAGACCGAGCAGAAGCCGUUUAUCGAAAAGCCAUUGCCAUUUUCUGUGAGCCGAGAAUCGCCAACUUCAUCAACCUUGGCUACAAGAAUUUGACGCAAAUCAUGGAACGACACCGAAUCGACCACACCGACGACAAGACUUUAAACAACUUCUUCGACGUCUGUGUCCAGAUAUGCUACACCGUGGUCAACCGGAUCCUUGAGUUCAACAAUGGACAAGUCAAUGUCCUAGCUGAACAUCAGUAUUGUGUGGUGCUGGACACACUAUGCAGGAUGGUAUGCUUGAUGGUAAAGUUUUCGACAAAAAGAACCAGAGAACAAAAGAUGGACUUACUAAAGGAUGUUUUGGAUACCGUGACAACAUCAGUAUGCAAUCAAAUGGUGGUUAUGAGAACCGUUAGGAAGCUGUAUAAAGAUUUGACGACGAAUGAAGAAACUUAUCAACUAAUCAAACAGUGCUUUAAAGAAUCCCUUUGUUAA